AUGGCUCGCAGAAAGUGUGCCUUGGUGUCUUUUGUGGCGGUCAUCAUGAACCUGACUAACAAGCCGACAUUCCUCUCAGUUGGCAAGGCAGGCUGCCAUCGCUGCGGAGUUGUCUUUGCAGCCUCUUUGGCAACCUGCGACCCAGCGUGCGCCGCAGAACCAGGAGCGUCCCCUUUGGUGCCACCCGUAGGUUCAGAAUUCGCAUACCUGGCCACGUUGUCCAUCUUCCUCGUUGGACUGGUGACGAAUUCGUUCAACACCAGCCUCGUUGACGUCAAGGCUGCCAUCAAGGAGCUCAAAACUGAGCUCAAGGAGGACGUGAAAGGAGUGAAGGAGUACGUGAAAGGACUGAAGGAGGACAUGUUCAAGCUUGCCGGGACUACGGCAUUGGGGUUUGUGAUUCUAUCCGUUGUCAUGGCGAGCAACGCUGGCUGGUCGAUUUCUAAGGGUUAG